AUGUCGCUUGACGCUCCUCGCCGCCCGGAUCUGAAGAAGAAGCUGGUCGUUGUUGGAGACGGAGACGUGACACUGCCAGACUUUGUCGUCGGCGAGAUAAAGACAUUGCAGGCACUAACAUUACACAGGGUGUGGCAAGACAUGUCUCCUCACGGUACCUAUGUUCCCACUGUCUUUGAGAACCUGAUCACCACGAUCCCGAACCCCCUUGACCCGAGCAAAUCGAUCGAGCUUGCUCUCUGGGACACUGCUGGACAGGAGGACUUUGACCGACUGCGGCCGCUGAGCUACAACGACACGGAUGUUAUUCUCGUUGUGUUUGCCUGCAACCACCGCCCAUCGCUAGAGAAUGUCUAUGACAAGUGGUAUCCGGAGAUGUCACAUUUCUGCGAAGACGUCCCUCUCGUACUCGUUUGUACCAAGACCGAUCUGCGCCGGGACCAGACAACACUGCAGCUGAUGGGUGCGCAAGGCACGAAGCCCAUCACGCCAGAAGAGGGCGAGAAGGUCGCCAGGGAAAUCGGGGCGAAGCGCUACAUGGAGUGCAGUGCCAAGGAGGGAACGGGCGUGCGCGAGGUGUUCGACGCUGCCAUUCGCGAGUCGCUCAAGAAGGGAGGGAUGCAGGGUGUCACGCGCAACAUUGUCAAGAAGAGCGGCAAGAAGUGCGUCGUGUUAUAA